AAGCCCCUUUAUAUACACACGCGCGCGCCAUCUCGUCCCGGCACUGUCUUCUCACCGAACACAGGCUCUCUUGACUUUCUCUGAACAUAUCAGAGAUCAGAGGCACACACAGCAAGAGAAGAGCAUGGGGUGCAGGAGGUGCGUCCUGGCGUGCUUCGGGUACUACGAGGACGACGAGGAGGCGGCGGACGCGCGGCCGUCGCCGGUGGGUGCGACGGGGAGGAAGCGGCGGACGGUGAUGAACCUCCGGUCUCUGUCGCUGGAGGACCUGUCGCGGACGCUGGAGACCACGAGCCUGCACGCCUUCACCCUGGACGAGCUCAAGGCCGUGACCAGGAACUUCUCCACCACCAACUUCCUCGGCGAGGGCGGCUUCGGCCCCGUCUACAAGGGCUCCAUCGACGGCAAGCUCCGCCCGGGCCUCGCCGCGCAGCAGGUCGCCGUCAAGUACCUCGACCUCGACAGCGACGGCGUGCAGGGACACCGCGAGUGGCUGGCUGAGGUGGUGUAUUUGGGGAUGCUGAGCAACCCGCACCUGGUGAAGCUGCUGGGGUUCUGCAACCAGGACGACCACCGGAUGCUCGUCUACGAGUACAUGCCCAGGGGCAGCCUCGAGAACCACCUCUUCAAGAAUGUCCUCGCUUCGCUGCCAUGGUCGACGCGGCUCAAGAUUGCCGUCGGCGCCGCCAAGGGGCUGGCGUUCCUGCACGAGGCGGACACGCCGGUGAUCUACCGCGACUUCAAGGCCUCCAACAUCCUGCUCGACUCGGAUUACACGGCGAAGCUGUCGGACUUCGGGCUGGCGAAGGAGGGACCCAAGGGGGACGACACGCACGUGACGACGCGGGUGAUGGGCACGCACGGCUACGCGGCGCCGGAGUACAUCAUGACGGGCCACCUCACGGCGAAGAGCGACGUGUACAGCUUCGGCGUCGUGCUCCUGGAGCUGCUCACGGGCCGGCGCUCCGUCGACAAGAACCGGCGCGGCCGGGAGCAGAACCUCGUGGACUGGGCGCGCCCCUACCUCCGCCGCGCCGACGACAGGCUGCACCGCAUCAUGGACCCCGGCAUGGAGUCGCAGUACUCGACGCGCGCCGCGCGGGGGGCCGCCGCCGUCGCGCACUCCUGCCUGCAGAGCGUGCCCAAGGCGCGCCCGCGCAUGCGCGACGUCGUGGAGGCGCUCGAGCCACUGCUCGCGCAAGAUGACGACGUGCCCAUGGGCCCCUUCGUGUUCACCGUCGGCGGCGGCGCCGCAGAGUCCGCGCCCGCGGCGGCAGCAACGAACGGCGCCGGGGAUGACGAGCCAGCGGCCACGCAGGGCAAAUGGCACGUGAAGUCGGCCGUGCACGCCGAGAGUCCGCUGCCGCUGCGGAAGGGAGACUGCUGGGUCACCAGCGCGGCGAAGCGGCCAGAGAGCCCACCAGGCGUCAUCUGAAUAAGCAGGGGAGCGACAAAGGCACACACUCCGGUCUCCGGUACAUAGAGCUACGGUGUACAUAGUGACGAUCUGUUCUUUGAUUCUAUUCUUUUCCUGUGUUUUCUUGGUGAUGCUAUUUCAUUAUCUCAAGAAGUUUUAGGGAAGAGACUUCGUGUUUCAUUUUUUGCUGGUUCAUAUGUGUAUAGUGCCAAGAUUACUUCGGCCGAUGCCAUACAUGUAUAUUAUACAACCGUUUGAGGCAAUAUGAAUUGCAAAAUUUCCAGCUCAA